AUGGCGAAUCCUACACACUCUCAAGUCGUCGCAGCUCCGGACAGUUCCGGACGGCUGCUCCGCCUAGUUAGUGCCAGCUCAGUCAUGAUGCAGCUUUUGGGCAAAAGUACCAAUAUCCGCAUGUCCCAGAUCCUGGAACACCACGAAGAUGAGGACUUCAGUGCGCACCGCACGAAGAUUGUGUGCACGAUGGGCCCCAGCUGCUGGGAUGUGGACAAGAUGGUGCAGUUGAUAGAUGCUGGGAUGAACGUGUGCCGUCUUAACUUCUCUCACGGUGAUCAUGAGGCACAUGGCCGCGUGGUCAAGAACCUUCAGGAGGCUCUCAAGCAGCGCCCAGGAAAGCGGGUUGCUUUGUUGCUCGACACCAAGGGUCCUGAAAUCAGGACUGGCAUGCUGGAGGGUGACAAGCCAAUUGAGCUAAACGCAGGGGACAUGCUCAAAAUCGUUACUGACUACAGUUUUGUAGGCAACAAGAGUUGCAUCGCCUGCUCAUACGAGAAACUGCCCAGCUCUGUCAAGCCAGGAAAUACCAUUCUCAUUGCUGAUGGCUCCCUAUCUGUUGAAGUCGUGGAGUGUGGUAAGGACUACGUCAUGACUAGGGUUAUGAACCCGGCCAUCAUUGGCAACAAGAAGAACAUGAACCUUCCCGGCGUUAAGGUCGACCUGCCCGUUAUUGGCGAGAAGGACAAAAAUGACAUUCUGAACUUUGGCAUUCCUAUGGGAUGCAACUUCAUUGCCGCGUCCUUCGUGCAGUCUGCAGACGACGUGCGCUAUAUCCGCAGCAUUCUUGGCACCAAGGGGCGCAACAUCAAGAUCAUUCCCAAGAUUGAAAAUGUUGAGGGUCUGCUCAACUUCGAUGAAAUUCUCCAAGAGGCAGACGGCAUUAUGAUUGCCAGGGGCGAUCUCGGUAUGGAGAUCCCACCUGAAAAGGUCUUCCUUGCCCAGAAGAUGAUGAUCUCAAAAUGCAACGUUGCUGGAAAGCCCGUCAUCACGGCGACGCAGAUGCUUGAGUCGAUGACAAAGAACCCACGCCCGACGCGUGCCGAAGCUGCAGAUGUGGCGAAUGCAGUCCUUGAUGGUACUGAUUGUGUCAUGCUGUCCGGGGAGACAGCGAACGGAAGCUUCCCUGUUCAGGCUGUCACUGUCAUGUCCCGUGUCUGCUUCGAGGCCGAGGGCUGCAUUGACUAUCAGCAGGUGUUCAGAGCCACUUGCCAGGCUACCAUGACUCCUAUCGACACCCAGGAGGCAGUGGCUCGUGCUGCUGUUGAGACAGCUCAGUCAAUUAACGCAUCGCUCAUCCUCGCUCUUACUGAAACUGGCCGCACUGCCCGCCUGAUUGCUAAGUAUAGGCCAAUGCAGCCAAUUCUGGCUUUGAGCGCUUCGGAGGAAACCAUCAAGCAGCUGCAGGUCAUUCGGGGCGUUACUACGUUCUUGGUGCCGACUUUCCAGGGCACGGACCAGUUGAUUCGCAACGCACUUGCUGCAGCUAAGGAGCUGCAGCUGGUCAGUGAAGGCGACAGCAUUGUCGCAGUGCACGGAAUCAAGGAGGAGGUUGCAGGAUGGUCCAACCUCCUUAAGGUUCUUGUCGUCGAGUAG